AUGAACUACCCACCGCCUACGUCCCCUCCUGCGAACAAGUCCAAAUUCUACCCGCCACCACCAGGCACACCAGGUUACGUUCCAUCACAACCUCAUAGUCAAGUCUAUUCUCCACCUUCGCAACAAACAUACACAGCUCCUUCACAACAACAAUAUUCUGCGCCUCCGCAACAAGGCGUAUCUCCGCCACCCAAAGUUGGAACACCUAUUUACCAACCUCCGCCCCCUCAGCCAGCACAGCAUGGAGCCCUACCGAUUCGAAAUGAAGGUGCUCUCACACCACCAAGUGGAGCCGCGCCAGCAUAUGGGGAUAUAGUACAUAAUGCUCCAGAGGGUUUCCCGAAUGAGAAGGCACAGAGUAUUCUAGGAACGGGACCGGCGCAUUCGCGGACAACAUCAAAUCCCGCGGCAAUGCCUCCGCCUGUGCCUGCGCCUGCUCCUACAGCCGCGCAAUUCCAAGGCGCCGCCGCGACUUUAGAUGAUGUGGGGACAUUCAAUGGCGGCUCAUACCGCAUCAGUCAUAGGGACUGUAAUACGAUAAUCACGAUCCAAUUAGCAAUGGGAUGUCCGAUCGCCGCGAAGCCAGGGGUGUUAAUCGCCAUGAGCCCCACUAUUACGCUGAAGGGCGAGUACAAGUUUAGCAUGAAGAAAUUGAUGGCCAGCGGUAGCGAAUUGGGACACUCGACAUUUAUCGGCCCCGGCGAGCUGCUACUCGCGCCUGGCAUGCUCGGCGACAUGACCACCAUCCGCUUGACAGGAGAGGAAUCGUGGAGCGUUGGCAAAGACGCUUACGUCGCUAGCACUCAAGGUGUCAUCCGCGACUACAAGCGCCAGGGACUCGGCAAGGCAAUGUUCAGCGGGGAAGGUCUAUGGGUCCACAAGAUCAGUGGUGUUGGUUUACUUUGGAUCACCAGUUUCGGUGCAAUUAUCCGCAAGGAUCUUGCUGACGGUGAGAAAUAUAUCGUCGAUAAUGGACACCUGGUUGCCUGGAAUGUUAAAUAUGUGAUGGAGCGUGUAGCUAGCGGUGGUAUCAUGGGAGGACUUGCUAGUGGAGAGGGGCUGGUCUGUAAAUUCACAGGACCUGGCACUGUGUUCCUCCAAACGAGAAACCCGAGAGCAUUCAGUGCCUAUAUGACGGGCAAUGCGGCACCGCCAUAA